AUGCAUCCGGCGUCCAUGAGGUUGAGGAGGCCAAUGGACACAUCGUGUUACUCGGGUCCCCCAGUGAUCCCGGUCCUCCCACUGUCCUGCGACCCGCUCACCAUCCCCGCCACCUGCCCGCCCGGUGCGGUCAACAUGACGGCCGCCAAGGGCGUGUCGGGGCGCCCCCUCGACCCGGCAAACUGCGCUGACUUCCCCUACUCCAAUGCCACCCGGCCCUUCCCUGACACUUUGAGCGGCGACAUCAACGCUCCUUACCCCUACACUCCUGCUCCUGUGCCCCCUUCUUCUGUUCCUGCGCGCUCCCCUCCCGCCCCUGCCCAGUCUCCGCCUACCCCCUCACCGCCAGCCCCCAUCACCGGUGCUCCCCCCCCCAAGCGUCGUGUCUCCGUCCCCCCCAUCUGUGUCUCAUCCUCCCGCUGGCCCUAUCCCCUCUCCUCCUCCCGCUAG